AUGGCAGCCAAGAAAACAAAAGGAAGGCAGAAGGUGGAAAUGAAGAGAAUUGAUAAGCAAGAUGAUAGAUCAAUCACCUUCUCGAGGCGUAGAUCUGGGAUUUACAAGAAAGCAAGCGAAUUGGUUGUUUUAACGGGGGCAGAAAUUACAGUGAUAGUAUUUUCACCAUCAGGUAACCCUCUCUCUUGUGGUCAUCCUUCGGUUGAAUCAGUCAUUAAUCGUUUUCUUGAAGAUCCAUCAAGCAUGGAUAGCACUUACCAUGUUGUGGAGGCUCGCCGGAGGAUGAGGAUUGAAGAACUGCUUGACCUCAAGGAUCUGAUUGAGCUGGAAACAAAGUUUGAAAGGUUACAAAUGACCAUGCACAAUAAAAUCGUAAAGAACAAUGACGGUGCUUCUUCUUCACAGGCACCAGAAAUAGGCUAUUCCCUUGCAAAUGAUCCGAACGCUUCUGUUUUUGCUGAUAGAAACCAUCAAGGUGGGGGGGAGUUCUAA